AUGUCCUCCGACCAACCCCGAGUCGUCGAGAGCAGACCAUCGGCCCUCACGUCCAACCCGGUACACGAAGCCGAGGACGAAAAGGAUCAUGGCACUGUCGAACGGCCACUGGAGGGCGAUCAAAUUCGAGGAGUCAUUCGCCUGAUACAAUGCCGAAAAUGCUCCCACCUUCUCCAAGAGCCAAUUACACUUCCUUGCGGUCGAAGCCUCUGUAAACAAUGUGUCCCAGAAACACACACUCGAGAAAAUAUAUCAUAUCCCGCCACGCCAAAUAGAUUACAAGGCUUCGAAUGCCCUUAUGUGGAAUGUGGGAAGAACCAUGCCGUGGGCGACUGUGGCGUUGAUGUCAUUCUCACCAAGGCAGUCAACAACUUCAAGUCUGAGAUGGAGAAGGCGAAAGAGACGAGCACCAAAGCCGAGAUCUCCACGCAUGUCAUCAUCAACAGUUCAGGUGCUGAGCAGUCAGAUAUGAGGGACGACAACGCAAAAGUGGCGAGGGUUGUGAAAGGAGGCCCCCUGCUCGCAGUCUAUACGUUGGCAGAUACAGGCGAGUUGGACUACAACUCAGCCGUCACUUUUGCCGAAGUCUCGUCACUCGGAGAUGAGGCUACAUCAAUCGACUCAAGGACAUUUUCCAAAGUAAAGGAAUCUGUACGCACGGAAAUGGACUGCCAGACUUUUUGGGCCGAUGCCGUUCUCACAAGAGGCGAUGCUUUGGCGGCGGAAGCAAUGAACAGACAUCGGGAGUUUGAUAUUCCUAUUUUUGUCUGCACAUUGUCGUUUCCAAUGAUGCCGACCUUUCUCCAUGUCUUUGAGCCGCGCUAUCGCCUGAUGAUACGCCGAGCUUUGGAGGGCGACCGAACUUUCGGCAUGGUGCUACCUCAACGACCCCGGACAGCCAACGACACACACUUUGUACAAUACGGAACCCUCUUACGCAUUGUGAACGCCGAGUACUUUGCAGACGGCAGGAGCCUGAUCGAGACAUCUGGCAUAUCACGCUUUAGAAUAACCAGACAUGGCAUUUUGGAUGGAUAUUUGGUGGGGAAAAUUGAACGGAUUGACGACAUAUCGAUCGCGGAGGAAGAAGAUCUAGAGGCAACCGAGACACAACAUGCCCUAGAAAGAUACGAAAGCGCAGCUACACAUCAGAGCGAAGACUCGAGUUUGCCGAGACCACUUACGACUACCCCCGAGGAUCUCUCAACAAUGCCAACUAGCGACCUUCUGUCCUUGGGUGUUUCCUUUGUGCAGAGAAUGAGGCAACAAAGCGUGCCGUGGCUGGCACAACGAAUGCUGGCUAUUUAUGGGGAAUGCCCCAACGAUCCGGCACUUUUUCCUUGGUGGUUUGCCAGCAUCCUGCCAGCCAAGGAAUACGAGAAGUACAAACUUUUGGAAACACGAAGCGUCAGAGAGCGACUCAAGAUCUGCUGCGGCUGGAUUUUGGAAUGGGAGUCAAGCAGGUGUUUUCCCGCACCGAUUCAGACGCUCUGUAAGGGUUCCUUUAUAGAGACUCGGUGUGGAUGUCAUUGUUGCCCCCGUUUGCUUGUUAUUAGACAAUUAAACAGACGGGCUAAGGUGCAGAAACUUUCAGGAGGGCCCUUAUUGACGGCCGCUCAGGUCCCUCUCAGACUGCAGAAUCUUCUGAUGCUGGGGACUAGCUCAGCUACGGGCGCCGAAGGCCUCGCCCAAGAGACAUGA